AUGAUAACUCUACCAGAACCUUAUGUUCAUAUCAACGACUACGCGAAAGACUUAUUAGAAUUUAUCAGAACGCCUCUUGUCCGUCAAAUUACUGGUGGUAUUCACGUCAAUGAUGCUUUGAUCUACAAUGCAUGGGAGGCUUUGCCUUCGGAGUGGACGGCGUGGUGGUCCUCACUUCCCGAUCAUCGAAUGGCCCAGCAAGAAUUAAUUGAUAGCAUUGAAGAAGCGACCACUCGAUCAUGUUCGCCCGGCGACAGCGGUAAUGUUUACCGGUCACAAGACCGGCCGGAAUCUCUGACCAAGUGGCUUGAGGCCUUACAAUCUCUUUCCCUUCCCCGCACCCAGCGUACAGGUCCAAGAACCAGACUUCCGGAAGUCCUAACAAGCCGUAUGAAGACGAAAAAGAUCGAUGAAGUCUCCGUUGCAACCGCUUAUAUUCAGAGCGUCUGCGAAGCUCGCAAUAUCACACGAAUUAUCGAUAUGGGAUCUGGUCAAGGCUAUCUCACCCUGUCUCUUGCUUAUCUCUUCCCAAACCUACGUUUACUAGCCAUAGACGGCAGCGAGUCACAGAUUGCCGCCUCGAAGGCAUGCGCUGCAAGCCUUGGGAUUUCGGAUGACCGUAUUCAACACCUGUGUCGCUACAUCGACGGUUCAGCGCCACUGGCUGAUGAGAUAUCAGAAUGGGCCCAGGGAGAGCAGUGUAUGCUGGUUGGUCUGCAUGCCUGCGGAAACCUAUCUGAGCAUAUGCUGAAGUACUUCACCACAAUCCCUUUUAUUACUUGCCUAGGUGCGGUUGGCUGUUGCUACAACCACAUCAUCCCCCGUUCUGAGUCUUGCCCGGAUGGAUUUCCGAUAAGUGCGAGAAUGAGGGAGCAUGAUGUGUUGCUGAGCGCUACAGCUCUGAUGACGGGCUGCCAGGCGCCGAAUAACUGGGAAAAGUCAAAACCGGGCACAGAAGAGUCCGUGUACUCCAAAAGGCGCUUUUAUCGAACCCUUCUGGAGAAGGUCUUCUUUGAUAAGGGCAUCGAACUUGACAAAGAAAACAGACCAGUCUGGGGCGUGCGGAAGGGAGAUAUGGCAAAUUUCACAAGCUUUGCAAACCGAGCAAUGCAGUGCAUUGGGAUAGAUAAGGACAAGGUCAGCAACGCUGAGCUUGUUGCCUACGAAGACCGUUAUCGGCAUUGCGAGGGUAGCAUAGCGAUAUUAUGGACGCUCAGCGUACUCUGUUGCAAGAUUGUCGAAAGUGUAAUUGCCCUGGACCGAUACUGGUUCUUGGUUGAGGGCGGAGCGAGAAACGUGGAUAUAUUGCCCAUUUUCGAUUACAAGAUCUCGCCGAGGAAUCUGAUGCUUGUCGCUAACAAGCCAGAUGAAAAUUUUAACUCAUCUGCGACAUUAUAG